CUCUUUCCUUCCCUUAUAUAUCCCUUCUUAAAUCGGGUUUUUUUCCCCAUCCAAUUUCCACAAACGUCUUCACCAGUUCGUUUUCGUUCGCAAGAUCAAAGCCCUCUCUUAUCCUUCUCGACUCCUUCUUGACUACCAUAACAGAUCGACCGUUUCCUUCAAAUCUCUUAGGUAAGGAAGAAUGGAGUCCAGCAGGGGUAAUGGAAUUCAACUCCUUCUAGCUGCAGAGCAAGAAGCUCAGCACAUUGUCAAUGCUGCAAGAAAUGCAAAAUUGGCUAGGCUGAAACAAGCCAAGGAUGAGGCUGAAAGGGAAGCUACUGAAUUCCGCGCCCAAAUGGAAGCUCAAUAUCAGGCAAAGCUGACAGAGACCAGCGGUGACUCGGGUGCUAAUGUGAAGCGGCUGGAACAAGAAACCCAGGUGAAGAUUGGUCACCUGAAGGAGGAGGGUUCCAGAAUCUCUCAUGAUGUUAUAGACAUGCUGCUGAGGCAGGUUACCACAGUUAAGAAUUAGGAGGAUGUUGAUCGAUUGAUACUCUGGUCAGCCAGGUUCUUUUCCGGAGAGAGUGAGUGAUGAACACUGUGAUGUGUAAUAUGUUGAAGGAGAGAUACUGGGAGUUGGUAGCUUGGUGUGUAUGUCAAUUGCCUUCGAAUCUACAUACUUUUAUGACGUUGUAUUGUUUGAUCAUGGACUUCUUAUUCGCGGUGUUGGAAUAAAUUCUCCUAUUGUAGUGUUGACAAGUAAAAUCCUGGUGGGCGACUGGGCGGCAUGUUCAUCAUUUACAGAAAUGAAACUGUAAACCGUAGCUGUUGAGGAAGACAGUCGGUGGGUUCUCUUCUCAGCUAAUCCACGCCUUGUGUUGGUGGCCGACGCCACUGCCAUCGUUGCUGCUGCAUUCUAUGGGCCAUAUAUUG